GCCGAGGCCGCCGCCCGUCCGCGGGUUCGAGAGUGAGUGUGUGUUGUGAGGAGGCGAAGGCGGCGUCGGCGAGGCUCGGUCGGCGGCGCUGGGGGCUGCGUGAGGCGGCGGGGCCGAGCAGGCGAGGCCGAGGCCUGGGGCGAGGCCUAGUCCGUUUCUCCUGGCCUGCCUUCCUCCCUCCCUCCCGCCGCUGCCGCCGCCGCCGCCAUGACGCUGGAGUCCAUGAUGGCCUGUUGCCUCAGCGACGAGGUGAAGGAGUCGAAGCGCAUCAACGCCGAGAUCGAGAAGCAGCUGCGGAGGGACAAGCGCGACGCCCGGCGGGAGCUCAAGCUCCUCUUGCUCGGCACAGGAGAGAGUGGGAAGAGCACCUUCAUCAAGCAGAUGCGGAUAAUCCACGGCUCGGGCUACUCGGAGGAAGACAAGAAGGGUUUCACCAAGCUGGUGUACCAGAAUAUCUUCACUGCCAUGCAGUCAAUGAUCAGGGCCAUGGAAACCUUAAAGAUCUUGUACAAGUAUGAACAGAACAAGGCAAACGCACUGCUGGUCCGGGAAGUGGAUGUCGAAAAGGUCUGCACCUUCGAGCAACCCUACGUAAAUGCAGUCAAAACAUUGUGGAAUGACCCGGGAAUCCAAGAGUGUUACGACCGGCGGCGAGAGUAUCAGCUCUCCGACUCAACUAAAUACUACCUUACGGAUGUGGACCGUAUUGCCACGCCAGGGUACCUCCCCACCCAACAAGACGUCCUGCGGGUCAGAGUCCCCACAACUGGGAUCAUCGAGUACCCCUUUGACCUAGAGAACAUUAUUUUCAGAAUGGUGGAUGUUGGAGGCCAGAGGUCAGAACGGAGGAAAUGGAUACACUGCUUUGAAAACGUGACCUCCAUCAUGUUCUUAGUAGCCCUUAGCGAAUACGACCAAGUCCUGGUGGAGUCGGAUAAUGAGAAUCGAAUGGAGGAGAGCAAAGCCCUUUUCCGGACCAUCAUCACCUACCCCUGGUUCCAGAACUCCUCUGUCAUCCUCUUCCUGAAUAAGAAGGACCUGUUGGAAGACAAGAUCAUGUAUUCUCACCUUGUGGAUUACUUCCCAGAGUUUGAUGGCCCUCAGAGGGAUGCCCAAGCCGCCCGGGAGUUCAUCCUCAAGAUGUUUGUGGAUCUCAACCCCGACAGCGACAAAAUUAUCUACUCUCACUUCACAUGUGCCACAGAUACGGAGAACAUCCGGUUUGUCUUUGCUGCCGUCAAGGACACGAUCCUGCAGCUCAACUUGAAGGAAUAUAACCUAGUCUGACCUUGAUCGGCUCCGGGUUGUGUUUUUGUUUUUUUGUCAUCCUUCUCCUUCUUCCCCUUUUUCCUCUUCCUCUCCAAAUUUUUUUUUUUUUUGGUUGUGAAGAAAGUAAGGCAAGAGAACCCCAUGAAUAUAAAAACUAAAAAAAAUUGUACAGGAAAUCUUAAUUUUUAAUGAUGUAAUGAUUGCAAAUUGUCUGAUCUGUGAAGUGGCAAGGGGUUUUUGUUGGGGGGGGAGGGUUAUGAGACUAUAUACAUACACACGUAUGUAUGUAUGUAUUCUCUCACUGUUCUUUUGGAGUCUCAUGUCUGCCCCACGAAAUAAGUGAAUGUUUUUUUUUUAAGGAAACAAAUUUGCAUAAAAAAUAGUUUCCAAUUGCAAUGGGGGGAUGUGUUAGCUUUCUCCUUUCUCUCUCUCGUUUUCUUGUUCCAAUUCAAGAUGGCUUCCUCUUGUGUUUGCUUUCCCAAUUUGGAUCCCGACGGAUGCCCGGGCUUCCCGGGCUCCAAAACAGGGCUAUGGAAGUAUGGGGAUGCUACUCGUAAACUCUUUGCCGUGUGCCGUAUGAUGCCUCUGGUGUAAAUGGCUUGCGCCGGUUCGCCUUCGCCCCCCGGUAUAGUUAUCACUGCGCAUCUCUGCUUCAAGGUGCAUUCACCUGCAUUGGCCUCUUGGGAGAAUCAAGUGCCCUCUUUGACGAAGAUUGCGCCCACCGAGCCACCUAACCAUUCCUCUGUUUCUUUGUGCCAUUUUUAGUCGAUAUAAAUAUAAAUAUAUAUAUAUAUUUUCCUUAUCAAUUAUUAUGAAAGUUAUAUUGAGACUGUGAUUUUUUUUUAAAUUAUUGUCCUAUAUAUAAGUUUGCUACAUAUGCCGUACUUUUGUUUUUGUUUUUGUUCAUAGACUACCAACCAAGCAAUAGCUAACACGCCUGGGGGAAGUGCCUGAUUGUGCUGUUGUAUUGUGUUUAGGGUGUUGUUGUUGUUGUUGUUUUCAAGGGUUGUUCGCUUUAGAGAGCGUGAGGGAUUUUUCCCAGUAUUGCGUCUAAAUCAGUUAUUCCCAAAGUGGGCGCAGGAGCAUUUGGGGGUGGGGCCAGGGGAGGGGCGGGGCCUCCUUCCAACAGCCCGAGACAGGGCUGAGCCUCUAUAUCUCUCCUGAGAGGCCUUUUAGGACUAAAGGGCGGGGCUGGGAGUGUGGGCGGGGCCUCUUCCCAAGAGCACAAGACAGGGAUGAGCCUCUGUAUACCUCCCCUGAGGCGCUUGUUUGAACCCGAGAGCGGGGUAUAGAGGUUCAGCCCUGUCAGGCACUUGGGAAGAGGCCCCGCCCUCUCCUCUAGCCCCGCCCCCUGUGUCCUGGCAGGAGCCGCAGGACAGGGAUAGAUGCUCAGCCCUAUCUCAGAGCUCGUAACCGCCCAUCCCAGUCCUGGCCGGGAUGUUGGGACACAGGCGCUUGUUGGGACACAGAGGGUGGAGCUAGGGAAGGGGGCGGGGCCUCCUUCCAAGAGCCAGAGACAGGGCUGAGCCUCUAUACCUCGCCUGAGGCACUUGUUUGAACACGGGGACGGGGUAUAGAGGUUCAGCCCCGUCAGGCACUCAGGAAAAGGCCCCGCCCCGUCCUCUAGCUCCGCCCCCUGUGUCCUGGCAGGCGUUGCAGGACAGGGAUAGAUGCUCAGCCCUAUCUCAGAGCUCGUAACUACGCCCAGUCCUGGCGGCCCAUUUGUGGCCCCGCCCACCUCCCCCUCCCAGCCCUGCAUCUUGGACUAGGGGAGAGGCUCAGCCCCGCCCUCUUGAGCAGGAGCCACGCCCACCCUCUAAGCCACGCCCACCCUUUCCAGGGGCGGCAGGCCAAAUAAGUUUGGGAACCACUGGUCUAAACCCUGGAGGGCGAUGUUUGGCUCCUGCAGGAAGACGUGAGGUUCUAGUCCGUUUCUCCCAAAUCCCUUUGUGUGUGUGUGCUUUUGUGAGUGUGUUUUUCCAUCGUUGCCCCAUUUAGUUUGGUACAAACCCACCCAAAUGGGGAAAUCCUUGAGGAAGGAGACCCCGUGGUGCACAGAAGGAAGCUUCUAAAAAUACGCCGGUGAAGGCGUUGCAACUGUGUUGAAACCGUGUUGCCAAGGCUCCUGCGAAUUUAUAUUUGAAAGGCUUUUAGAAAACAAAGAACGGAAGCAUUUGCACAAGUAUUUAGCGACAGGGUGAGCUUCUGUGAAAGACCAAAACCAGAACCGAGAGAUUAAAAUUGGUCAAGAAAGGAGCUUGCCGGGAUCUGGAUCCGAAGUGCCAAAACGGGUUCCUGCUCAAAGCCAAUGGGAGAUGUUGCCAAAAAUGGGCCUUGUCUGGAAGGGGUUGUUUAUUUGUAUUUGUGUUGUUGUUGUUUUGGAUGUGUGAACAACACUAACCUGGCUUCAGAACCUGCAAGUUUGGGAUUGGACAGCUUGUGGGUUUUCUCUGGUCCUCGUCACUGAACACUACAAAACGGAGAGCACAAGAAAAGGGCUGCCACGUUUCCGGGACACUGUUAGUAGUAGAAAUAGUGGGAAGGCGGGAGUUGGGAGUUGCGCGGGUCACUGAUGUCCAAAUUAACCAACAUUCCUUGUAUCUGUCUAGAUGGUUUUCUUUGCAUGAAUGUUCAAAGGGUGGCAGGAAGGAGGGCCAAAUGGUCCAGGAGAAGGCCCGUUCUCACUUACGUGCCACGAGUACCUUUUUACUAAACCGAUCUUCUCCCACCCUUGUUUUUGCACAGCAGGCUCGUAGUCCUGGAAAGAAGGGCCGUUGUGAUGGCGUGCUUUCUUUUUUGCAAACCCAGGUUUCGUGGGAAUUGCGCAUCUUUCUUGCAAACCCAAGUUUUGUAGAAGUGGUGCCAUUGGUUCGAGUGGUACGUUUGUGGAAAUGACGCACUUUCUUGCAGACGACCACGCUAGUUGGCCUUAUAGAAGGCCGGGUUUUGUAUAAAUGAUGCGCUUUCUUUCUUGCAAACCCAGGUUCGGUGUAAAUUUCAUGCUUUCUUUCUUGCAAACCCAGGUUUCGUGGAAAUUGCACGCUUUCUUGCAAACCUAGGUUCGGUGGAAAUUACACAUCUUUCUUGCAAACCCAAGUUUCGUAGAAGUGGUGCGCUUUCUUUCUUGCAAACCCAGGUUUCGUGGAAAUUGAACGUUUUCUUGCAAAUCCAGGUUCCGUGGAAAUUGCACAUUUUCUUGCAAAUCCAGGUUCCGUGGAAAUUGCACGCUUUCUUUCUUGCAAACCCAGGUUUUGUAGAAGUGGUGCACUUUCUUGCAAACCAGGUUUCGUGGAAAUUGCACACUUUCUUUCUUGCAAACCCAGGUUUCGUGGAAAUUGCACGCUUUCUUUCUUGCAAACCCAGGUUUCGUAGAAGUGGUGCACUUUCUUGCAAACCAGGUUUCGUGGAAAUUGCACACUUUCUUUCUUGCAAACCAGGUUUCGUGGAAAUUGCACGCUUUCUUUUUUGCAAACCCAGGUUUUGUAGAAGUGGUGCGCUUUCUUUCUUGCAAACCCAGGUUUUGUGGAAAUGGUGCAUUUUCUUUCUGGCAAACCUUGGUUUGCAGGAAACAAUGUGCCUUUCUCGCAAACCCAGAUGUUCUGGAAACAACAUGCUUCCUUUCCUGCAAACCUGGGUUUUCAGGAGACUGUGCAAACCUGGUUUCCGUGGAAGUGGCGUGCUUUCUUUCUCCCAAACCUGGAUUUCAUGGAAAUGACUUGCUUGUUUAUUUUCUUCCAAACCCGGGUUUCAUGGAAACAACACGCUUCCUCUCCUCCAAACCCAGGUUUCCUGGAAAAGAUGCACUUGCUUUCUUGCAAACCCUGGUGUCGUGGAAAUGACGCUGCUUGCAGACCUGCCGUGCCCUUGCAGACGUGGUUUUAUGUGCCAAACUCACCCGGCCAUUUUUCCUUUCCUUCGUCUCCCCAAGUUGUCUUGAUGGGAGCCUCUCAGAGAUUUCGGGAAUCUCUGUUUUGAGCUUUUUUCGGGAAUCUCUGUUUUAAGCUUGAAAGGGGAGGCGAAGGAGCAGCCUGACCAAGCUCUGUUCCUGUUGCACUUUAUAUAUGUACGUGUGUGUAUGUGUGUAUGUAUAUCUUAAUCGUGUGUAGGAAGGGGGAGUUGUAAAACACAUCAUUCCAUUUCCUUCUAGAUAUGAUUAACUUUAAUCCCCUCCUCUUCUUAUUUUUUCCCUCCGGCCUGGUCUUCUCUUUCCCUCCUUUCAUUCGUUGUGUUUUUUCCCCCUGAACAUCUUUUAUAACUACUUCGAAGUGUGCUUCUCCAUUCUCUGCCAUUCAUUGUAUUGCGCUUCCCCCCCCCCCCAAAAAAAAAACAACCAAAACAAACAACAACGAAGGUGGUUUGAGUCCCUUGGGAGUCAUAAGUUGUUCUUUCCGUGUAUGUAUGUAUGUGCGUGUAUGUGAUAUUUCAUUUUUUUUUAAAGAAGCGUUAUCUGGUUUGUGCCAAUGUCCCAUUUCUUUCUUUUUCUUCAAUGCCAGAGACUCUUUUUACAAGUACCAGUGUGGUGAAAAAAAAUAAUUAUUUGGUUAUAUACUUGUAUAUUAUAAUAAAAGAUGCAGAUUUUGUGGGGGGUGGGCGGGAAGGAAGGGGGUAAAGAAGAGAAGAAAUGUUUAAACGUUAUCCUAUUUAAGAGAGAGAACACAACAUGACUAUAUAAACACUGUCUUUUUUUAAAAAAACGAAAACUCUUUUUGUCAUUUUGAAAAUUGCAUGUGGUGUUUUAAUGUAUGAGGGCGGGCGGGACGGGGAGGGGAUUUGGAAUUACGUGGCCUGGGACGGAUUAUUAUUACUACUACUCUUAUUACUAUUAUUAUUAUUACUAUUAUUAUUUGGCCCAUGUUCUCGUCUCUCUUUUUAGUCUGUGAGGCAGAAAUGUGGGGUGGGGUUGGGGGGGGGGUUCUCAGAACAACUCGCGUUCUCUCGUCGUCUGGGUGCUAACCCUCAAUGUUUAGAAAAUACCUGAUGAAAGGAAACAAAACAAAAGACAACAUUGAUUUUCAUAUCUUUCUCCUGAAAUAAAUUGUUUGAAAUUCGAAUAAAAUUCGUUCCUUUAAAAAGAA